AUGUCAACAUAUCAUCCUAGAGCUAUGAAGUUUUUAGUAUUGUUCCUGUUGGGUCUGGUGUGGAAUGCCUCGUGCGCAACGAUCGCGCCCACGAGGCCAGGUUCCGAUGUUCUAGAAGGAAGUUAUAUUAUUACAGCCGAUGGUGGAUCGGAUUAUGUCCGCAAACAGUGCGAUGAUAACAAAAUUGAAUACACUUUUCGACAAGAUUUGAACAUCAUCUCCGGUGUCUCGGUAACUCUUAAAGAUAACGAGGAUAUUCAUAAAAUUUCGAAAUUUACGGGUGUAAAAGAAGUCUUUCAUAAUCAUAUGGUUAUGCGUCCAAGGGUCGCUUUCGCGGACGACAUGACCGGCGUUUCGACUGCCCAAACUGAACUUAAAUUGGACGGUAGUGGCAUCAAAAUUGGAAUUAUUGACAAUGGUGUGGAUUUUACGCAUCCUGCGCUCGGUGGCUGUUUUGGUCCCGGGUGCAAAAUUGCAUUUGGAUUUGAUCUAGUUGGAACUGGCACUAUAUCAAACCCACAACCCGGACCUACUCCUUUCGAGACAUGUGACGGUCACGGUACGCAUAUUACGGGAAUCAUCGGUGCCGAGGAUCACGUGAAAAAUUUCACGGGAGUUGCUCCCAAAGCGACACUUGGAAUGUAUCGAAUCAACGAUUGUAAUGGACCCACCACAGAUGAUCUUAUUCUCAAAGCACUGGAAUUGGCUGACAAAGAUCAAGUGGACAUCAUCAAUCUUUCCCUCGGAGACGAUUUCAAAUCGUGGUCAGAACCUCCGCUGAGUACCGCGGUCUCGGCGUUAGCAGACAAAGGGAUAGUUAUGAUUGUUGCUGCGACCAAUGAUGGUGCAUCCGGUAUUUUUUCCUCGGGGAGUCCUGACUCCGGAAUAAACGUGAUAACUGUUGGUUCCGUCGAAAAUCAAAAAUUUUAUGUGUUCUACUUGAUCCCAAGCACCGACUCCGGAAGAAAAAUAAUCUACACGACUACUCAAUCUACGCUCAUCUAUGGGCUCCAGACAACUGCUCCUGUCAAAAUAGAUCUUUCGACCGAUCAGGUUGCACCAGUAAAUGACGCUUGCGCUCCCCUCACAAAAAACCUUAAAGGUGUGAUUGCUUUAAUACGCCGUGGCGGGUGUACUUUUGCGCAAAAAAAUUUUAACGCGCAAGCAGCCGGGGCCGUAGGUGUAAUAUUUUAUAAUAAUGAUCAAACACAACCUUUUCCCUUAAGCGUUCCGGGAACCACCAUUCCAAGUGCUAUCAUCAGUCUUGAGGACGGAAACUAUCUUGUGAAUCAGAUCUUAAAUAAUAAAAAAAAAGUGACCGUCACUUUCCCAAAUUCUACAAUUAUUGUUCCCAAUCAAAUUGCUGGGCAACCGUCGAAUGAUUCUGCAUGGGGCCCAACCUAUGAGAUGGAUCUGAAACCUGAUUUCUUGGCUCCGGGUGGUCGUAUCUUGAGUACUUUUCCUGUUGCUUUGGGUUCUUACGCAACUUUAUCAGGUUCAUCACAAGCUGCUGCUUACGCGUCCGGUGUUUCCGCACUUUACUUACAAGCUAAAGGAAAAACCGAUCCUAAGAAACUUCGCGAUAUCUUGCAAACCACUGCAAAGCCGGUCGAAAUGAGAGACCUCCAAGGAAAUGACCUCGGCAUGCUUCACUCGACAGGCAAACAAGGAGGAGGGGUGGUUAACAUCUUUGAUGCUGUCUCGUCGAACACUUUAAUCUCUCCCGGAAAAUUUGCUCUCAACGAUUCCGUGCAUGCCAAAAAUACUCAAACCUUUACGAUUACCAACACCGGGAAAACCACUGUCAAAUAUAACAUUGAUCAUUUGCCGGCUGCUUCCGUACUCGGAUUUUUCGAUGGGGUAUUGGUUCCUCAGACGUCAUUGCAAUUUAACAAAUAUUUCUCCACGGUGAAGUUUUCACGGGCGUCGGUCACCUUGCGACCAAGCCAGUCGGAGAAAAUCACGGUGACCAUAAACCCGCCUAGUCAAUUGAGCCCGAGUGAUUUAGGUUUAUUUUCUGGAUUCAUACAAGUCAAGGACACUUCGUCGAAUAAAUAUUUCACAAUACCUUAUCUUGGACUGAAAGGAGACAUUCGUGAUAUACCAGUCUUGAGUCCACAACCUGACCAACCUUUUGUUGCUAAAUUCAACGGAUCAAACCCACAACAACUUACAAGUCAAAGUGCUGUUUACACUUUUGCCCAAAAUACCACGGGCAAUUCAGAUUCUCCUUCGUUGUUUUAUGUUUUGGGUUUUGGUACUCGAGAAAUCAUAAUAGACUGCGUGGAUGCAAACACGAACAAGAAGAUCGGAAUCGUGUUUCAGACGUUCUUCGAGGGAAGAAAUGGUAUAACCGAUCCCUUUACUCAACACAUUUUUGAUUGGUUUGGUCAAAUAGUUUUGGAAGGAUCGACGCAAGAAACGUUUAUACCGAAUGGAUCCUAUCGACUUAUUUUAAGGAUCUUAAAGACUUAUGGAGAUCCCACGAAAAAUAAUGAUUUUGCGACUUAUACAUCACCGGAAAUAAUCGUUGCCGUACCCGGUCAAUAG